AUGGAUUGGUCCCCACGUGCACUUCGCUGGUUGCUACUGGACACGCGUGCGGACCCAGUGCGUGUGGAGAUCGUUGCCGUCUUGACUGGCACUCUUGACGGAAUCGCGGUCGAUGGAUUGGUCUCCACGUGCACUUCGUUGGUUGCUGCUGGACACGCGUGCGUGCAUUCCUCAUCCAGCGACUACGUGGAGAUCCACACGCCCAAGCUGACGUACAAGCAUAUGGCGUGUGAUGUUGCUAGUCGCGAGCGCGUGUUCGAGAUCGGCCCGGGCUUCCGUGCUGAGACCUCGAACACGCACCGUCACAUGUGCGAUCUCGUGGGUCUGGAUCUAUGGAUGACUAUUAAGGCGCACUACCACAAGGUGCUCACAGAGAAAGAGAAGUGGCUGGGUCGUCUCAUCAAGGAGAAAUACGACACAGACUUCUACAUCCUCGACAAGUUCCCGCUGGCUGUGCGUCCGUUCUACACGAUGCCAGACCCGACGGACAAGCGUUGGAGCAACUCGUACGACAUGAUGAUCCGAGGCGAGGAGAUGGUCUUGUGUGCUCAGCAUGUGCACGAUCCCAAGCUGCUGAUGGAGCGUAUGGACGAACUGGGUGUGCCUCAGGAGUCGAUGCGCAACUACAUCUACUCUCUCCGUCUUGACUCUCUGCCCCACGGUGGCGGUGGUAUUGGCCUGGAGCGUGUGGUCAUGUUGUACUUGGGUCUGGGCAACAUCAGUAAGUCCUCCAUGUUCCCGCGUGACCCCAAGAGGUUGCUCCCUUAA